GCACAUUUUGAGCAUUAGUGCACGUUUCACUGUAGUGUUUCUACAAGACAGGUUGUAACAAAUGCUGAUCCAGCUUUAGUUGUUUCUGUUGGAACCCGAUCUUGCGAUGGACUAUCUGAAUUCACAGUCUGGUCUCCAAAAAAGCGAGAAUGGGUUCGCAGAGACGACGGAAGAGGACAGGUCAGGAGCCGAAUGCGAACCUCUUCUCAGAGAGAACCCGCUCCGGUUUGUCAUUUUCCCCAUUCAGUACCCUGACAUUUGGAAGAUGUAUAAACAGGCACAGGCGUCAUUCUGGACUGUCGAAGAGGUUGAUUUGUCGAAGGACCUGGCUCACUGGGACAGACUGAAGCCCGAAGAAAGGCACUUCAUCUCCCACGUCUUAGCUUUCUUUGCUGCUAGCGAUGGAAUCGUCAACGAGAACCUUGUCCAGCGAUUCAGCCAGGAGGUGCAGGUCCCCGAGGCCCGAUGUUUUUACGGUUUCCAGAUCCUCAUCGAGAACGUGCACUCUGAGAUGUACGGCAUGCUCAUUAACACCUACAUCCGGGACCUGAAGGAGAGGGAAUAUCUGUUUAACGCAAUUCAAACUAUGCCCAGCAUAAAAAGGAAGGCAGACUGGGCUUUACAGUGGAUAUCUGACACAAAAGCUACUUUUGGAGAGAGAAUUGUGGCCUUUGCUGCAGUAGAAGGUAUCUUUUUCUCCGGCUCUUUCGCUGCUAUUUACUGGCUGAAGAAGAGGGGUCUCAUGCCAGGACUGACCUAUUCCAAUGAGCUUAUCAGCAGAGAUGAGGGGCUGCACUGUAAUUUUGCCUGUCUGAUGUACAGCUACCUUGUGAGGAAGCCUUCAGAAGAGAGGGUGAGGGAUAUCAUCGCCACCGCAGUCAGUAUUGAGCAGGAGUUUCUGACAGAGGCUUUACCAGUGAAGCUCAUUGGAAUGAACUGCACCUUAAUGAAGCAGUAUAUUGAGUUUGUGGCUGACAGGCUACUGACAGAUCUGGGGCUGUCCAAGAUAUAUGAAGCAGAAAACCCAUUUGAUUUUAUGGAGUCCAUCUCCCUGGAGGGGAAAACCAAUUUCUUUGAGAAACGAGUGGCAGAGUACCAGAGGCUGGGCGUCAUGUCAAACACAGUGGACUGCAGCUUUACUCUGGAUGCAGACUUUUAAAAUUACUUUGGGGUCGUUUAGUUAUUUUGAUCACUUUCAUUUUGCAUUUGAGUUUUGCGUUCAUCUUAAGAAAAUAAUUUUAAACAUAAAGGUCAUUGGCCAGAUAAAGAACUUGUCUGUUUGGUCUUUGCUGGGCGGGCGACCCAAAAGGAGUGUUGCAUAAUAAAGCCUUUUAUGUAACCUUCACACGUUCAUGCAGGAAAGCAGAAAUAUUUUUUUAGCAGGUAUUUUCUCUCUUGACCAGUGUUCCGUUGAUACCAGUCAUGAAUGACACCUCGUACUGACAGUGUUGCAGUAUAGCUUUCAAACAGCUGAAUGCAGAGGCUGUGAAGUAAUCCCCUUUCCCUACAUGUAAGCUAAGCUCUGAGGUACAAUAUCAGGUCUCGACUCCACAGCCACAUUUUAUAGAAGUGCCAGAUAUUGGUAAUGGUAACCAUUUGCUGAUAUUUGGCCAUCUGUUUUGAAAAUGUGGAUUCUUAUCUGAUUAACAGUAUCGUAUUUCUCCUUAUAACCCUGGAGCUAUGAUGAACCACAAAUGUUCAAUAUACUUCAGUGAGUUUGCAGUCAUACAGUAUACAGUGUGCAUAGUAUACAGAAGUAUUUUGUCAUAUGCAAGACGUUUUCAGUAGUGAACUGUCCCCUGUACUACUGAUCAAUCAAUAAAUUUGCUAAAAUAUCUUAA